AUCAAGAAAUCUCCAUACAGAAUAGACCAUCACAUGUGGUGAGAAGUAUGAGCCACAAAAACAUCACCCCCUUUCAUUUCCCAGGGUACGUAACGUACUCUUCUCUAGUCUAAGUACUCAAACAUGGCAUUCUCUCUCUCAUCUUAUCCGGCACUUCAGUACUCCAACCCUAGCGUUCAGUUCAAAUGCGGCUCGAAACCUCAGAUUGCAAGGCACAGUAGAGUUGCCAUUAUCAACUGUGGACUAAAGGGGUCAUCGCCACCAGAAGAAGGAACUGGGUCUUCUUCGUCUUCUGAUAGAAAUUCAGGACUUAAGAUAGGGUCACCCGUUAUUGUGAUCGAGGCUCCUACGAUGAUAAAGACUGCUGCUUCGGUUCCGUGUCUCAGGGUUAAUUCUGGCUUGGUCAACCCCGGGGAUGUCGGCAGAAUUGUGUCAAGAAAGCCCAAGGAUGUAUGGGCAGUUCGUCUCACCAUUGGUACUUACCUCAUAGAUGGAAAAUAUUUCAAGCCCUUGGAGCUCGAUGAAUGAUCUAAUCCACUUGGUUUAUGAGAUUGCUUGCAGAAUUUCUUAAUUUCUUUGUUCAAAGCUUGUGGACCGAGUUCCCGCCAUUCUCUUAUAAUCGACUUUCACUGUGAAGGGUUUCGCUUAUAUCUUUCACGACUCAACGUCGCACGAGCAGAUCUAUAUUUGGAACAGCUGCGGAGAGAGACAUUGCGUGCGCCAACAUAUGCGUUUGUGGGUUUCUAAUGUUCAAAAUUGAGUGAAUUUCUUCUUGGUGUUUCCUUGUUUUUUUCAUGCGUCAGCAACCAACCAGUUGUGGAGAUACAUGGGAUCCAAUUUCCUAUAUUUCUAUUAAAAAACCAAACAAAAUUUGCCAA